ACAACGUGGCACAUUGCAGACGACGUAGAUUGCUGAAAAUCCGACCGCUUCGAUAUUUGCAAGGAACUCGAGAUAAUCAAACGCAUUAUUGUUCCUAACUACAAUAACCUUUUCGGUUAAUGACAAUCAAAAUUGGAGGGAUUGAAGUUGUGUUACUCGGAGUUUCCAGUCAAAAUGGCGAGCAUUUUGCAAACUGUGAAGAGUUGCGUUUGGAAGAAACCAGUCUCUGAACAAGUAGAGGUAGUGACCAAUGUCAAUGAUAUAAAGGAUGAUUCAGAUCAAUCUAAACAAGUGGUGCACAACGAUGUCAAGGAAAACGAGGCACCAAACUACGAUGUAGAUAAAAAAACGGAUGAAAUGUCAGACCCAAAGGAACAAGGAAACCUGAUCUGGAGGAUGUCGUCAGGUAUAUACAGCACUGCUACAGGAGCAGUAGGAAUGGGAAUCGGUGGGGCCAAGUGGGUGGCCAACAAAAGUUACGACGUAGGAUCCUCAGCAGCCAGUUAUGUCAAAGUUCCCAAAAUGGCGACAUUUAAGAAAAAAGAUAAAAAGGAAUGACGGGCAAGAGUUCUAUACAAACUAGGUUGUGUGUUCAAGUUUUAGAAAUGACAGACAAGAGUUCCAUACAAACUAUCUUGUGUUCAAGCUUUAGAAAUGACAGACAAGAGUUCUAUACAAACUAUCUUGUGUUCAAGCUUUACAUGCUGAAUUUACACACACUGUUUACCACGUCGAACAUGUUGUAAGUCUGGUUUGGCUAAUUGUUUCUGUUACUACAGCUAACAUAAAACAAUUUGUAUAAUUCAGCUCAUGUAUGUGUGAAAUUAGACUUUGAAUACUUUAUGAUCUUUUGGGGAGUUUUUAAAUCAAUUAAACACAGUUCCAUCAGAUCUGAUGUUAAUUAGGAUUUAGAAAGACAAAUAUGAUUGAUCCCUAAGAUGAUACCCUUCUUUGUUGCCAACAUUUGUUACGUGCAAUAUGUAUACUGAUAGCAUGGUCACCAUGGAGAUUGUUUACAUGAUAGCAUGGUCACCAUGGAGAUUGUUUACAUGAAAUCGGACUUCUGCCUGAAAGUUAGGACAUUAUUUCAAAAUACAAGUACAGAUUGCUUUAUUUUACAUGUAAAUACCUGGUACCUAUAAAACUCACCUUGGCGCUGAAAUAUCCUGAUUUAAUACAUGUAUAUAGUUACGAUGUAGCUUUGUAAUAUGUGCAGCAAUGUAUGGUGGGCCCUAACAAUAAACCCUGACCUAUAUGUCUAUAGUUACAUCACUGCCAACAUAAGAUUGACAAAAUAAUACUGGUGUACCAUUUGGUUAGUCGUUUAUGAUGUUCUUAUAAAAAUAUGGUUUUGUAAAUAACGACUAGCUGUGCCAAAGUGUUUGCCAGCUUGAUAACAUAAUAUUAUGCAACCCAGCAAUAUGGUGUCAGACUGCAGCUAAAUUAUUUCAUUUGAUUGUUCAUCAUAGAUCUACUUUUUGUAUCACAGUCAUUAAAUACAGUAUAUUUUUAUGUAGUAUAAGUAGAGGUGUUUAUCGCGGAGGUAGUGGAGAUAUUAUACAUAUCAGGAUAAAAGGUUUGGUUUGUUUGGUUUGCUUUUGUUUAACGUCCUAUUAACAGCCAGGGUCAAUGAUAAUUCUACAACAGUUUAUAUAACCAUGAGGAAUUUUGUGGAUAUCAUAUGAUAUGCAUAUGUUGAUGAAGAUUUUGGUUUCCCUUAACAAAAAUAUCACACUAAAUUCACAUUUUUCAUUGUGCAUGCCUGUUUUGGUAUAAAUGCAUGAGUAUGACUUCCAUUCAUGUUAAAAUCAAAUUACAGAGGCUCAAUGUGUAUACCGGGACCACAAUUUGAUGUGAUGGGCCAAUUAUUGAUAGAUUUCGUCCUCAUACACUUAACAACAUCAAUGUUUAUUACAUACUUAUCAUGUCCGCCUAACUUGAAAUAUACAAGGAAUAUUUUACCAAUAUACAAGGAAUAUUUUACCUGAGGUGAGCUAUUGUACCUUUUGUCCAGUGGUGUGUUGUUUAUCAGUAAACAAUAACCAAAAACCUAGUGUCAUACAUGAUGUUAGCUCUGUAGCAUGUUGGGAUGAAGGAAUAGCAAGUUAGGUCAAAUGAAUGACCUUGACCAACUUUCAAGGUCAUAGGGGUCAAAUAUAUCAAAAUCUUAAUUUGAAAAUAAAACAACUAUCUUUGUACACAUCAGAACUCAAAAGACGUUAAGGUCCAUGGACCUCUUGUUACUGAAGGACUUUUACCAGUGGCUCUCCUCUGUACACAAUGUGAACCUUAUUACUAUAAGAGCUACUAGCCAUCACUGACAAAAAUAAUUGAUAAUGAUUUACUCUAUUUUCACUAGAAUUUAGUGGAUAUAUAGCAAUUGCUUAAUUCGGCCUUAUUCUUGGUAGUUAACAUAGGGACUUGGCACAACAUUCCUGCAUUGACCGGAUAGGUUGGGAAUUUGUGUGGAGUCUCUCUGGUAAUAGGGAAUCUAUGAUGUUGUGUACUGUAGUAAUAUUUCUUCCAGAUUAUUUUGUUGCAUAAUGAUUAACUCAGUGUAAUUAUCUGGGGUAAAUACAAUUACAGUAUUAUUGAUAAUAUUUCAGUUGCCAUAAAACGUCACGGAAAGAUUUCAUAGUGUCUGCAGCAUCACACCAGUUAAAGAAGUUACAUCUCAUAAUGUUUAAUCACCCAUCAAGUAACUUUAUAGAAGUCUGUUGUUAUGUAUAUUUUUAUUGUAGAUAGAUAUAAAACCAGUGAUUGUGCUUAUAGAAGGCUGUAGAGGAAAUGUAAUUACGGAACUCUCGCUUCUGGUGCUUUUUUUGUUUUAACGUAAAAAAGGUUUAAUAUUUAAGUCUAAAUUGAAUGACUAUUACAAAAGAUGAUGGAGCAAUAAGCUACAGGUGUAAUGAGAAAUGUUAUCAGAAUAUCAUGGUGAUUUUGUUUAAUUCAUUACAUCCACAUCCUUGUAUAUAUCCCUGUAUAUAUAUCACAUAUUUAAUCUAGAAUGAAUAGCAGGAUGGACCACCAUAUUUUAUUGAUAGCAGAGAAAAUGGUGACCUCAUUAAAAAAUGCAUAAUUUUGGUAUUAAAUGAACACAUGACCAGUUUAAGGGGUGAUAGAUGGCCAUAGCAUUGUCAGGAAUUAGUAGACUUGUACAGAUGAUUAGUACGUCAAUUAGUAGACUCGUACAGAUGAUUAGUACGUCAAUUAGUAGACUCGAACAGAUGAUUAGUACGUCAAUUAGUAGACUCGUACAGAUGAUUAGUACGUCAGUGUUAGGAACUAUCCCAGCGCCGUUAUUGGCUUGACAGAUAGAGUGAAAAGUAACUCUGGUAUCUGAUCAUAAUGAGCAGGCACCUGUACCAAUGUUAAGUUUAACUCUGGUAUAUCAGAAUGUCACCUGUACCAAUGUUUAGUUUAACUCUGGUACAUCAGAAUGUCACCUGUAUCAAUGUUAAGUUUAGCUCUGGUAUAUCAGAAUGUCACCUGUACCAAUGUUAAGUUUAACUCUGGUACAUCAGAAUGUCACCUGUACCAAUGUUUAGUUUAACUCUGGUACAUCAGAAUGUCAUCUGUACCAAUGUUUAGUUUAACUCUGGUAGAUCAGAAUGUCACCUGUACCAAUGUUUAGUUUAACUCUGGUACAUCAGAAUGUCACCUGUACCAAUGUUGAGUUUAACUCUGGUACAUCAGAAUGUCACCUGUACCAAUGUUUAGUUUAACUCUGGUACAUCAGAAUGUCACCUGUACCAAUGUUUAGUUUAGCUCUGGUACAUCAGACUGUCACCUGUACCAAUGUUAAGUUUAGCUCUGGUACAUCAGAAUGUCACCUGUACCAAUGUUAAGUUUAACUCUGGUAGAUCAGAAUGUCAUCUGUACCAAUGUUUAGUUUAACUCUGGUACAUCAGAAUGUCACCUGUACCAAUGUUUAGUUUAACUCUGGUAGAUCAGAAUGUCACCUGUACCAAUGUUUAGUUUAACUCUGGUACAUCAGAAUGUCACCUGUACCAAUGUUGAGUUUAACUCUGGUACAUCAGAAUGUCACCUGUACCAAUGUUUAGUUUAACUCUGGUACAUCAGAAUGUCACCUGUACCAAUGUUAAGUUUAACUCUGGUAUAUCAGAAUGUCACCUGUACCAAUGUUAGUUUAACUCUGGUAUAUCAGAAUGUCUCCUGUACCAAUGUUUAAGUUUAACUCUGGUACAUCAGAAUGUCACCUGUACCAAUGUUUAGUUUAACUCUGGUACAUCAGACUGUCACCUGUACCAAUGUUUAGUUUAACUCUGGUAGAUCAGAAUGUCACCUGUACCCAUAGAUCACCUGUUAUAAUAUAUAAUUGAUGGCUCCUUGUCUCAGCUUUAUAUACUUGUCUACAUUAUGUUAUAUAAGUCUGUAGAGUAUAUUUUUUGAAGGUGUUAUGAUAUAGGUAUAUGUCAGUAUUUGUUAAAACUAUUCCCAUAGGAUGUUAAUACACGAUACAUUAUUGUAUUCAUUGUGCACAAUUCUACACAAGUGAUGAGAUUAAAGUAGAGCCUAGUAGACUUGUACCUACAUAAUAUGUAUAUACACCAAGUAAUAUAGGAAAUCUCUCGCACGUUCUCCAAAUGUAUACCAUAAAUACUGUCUUAUUUUUUCCUCAUUGAUAUCCUGUCUUUGUGUAUUAUUUUUUCCUGGCUGGUAUCAUGUCUUUGUGUAUUAUUUUUUCCUGGCUGGUAUCAUGUCUUUAUAUGUUAUUUUUUGUGUUUAUUGAUUGUUACAGUUCAUGUAUAUCUAGUCUCUUACACUGGUAGAAUUUGAAAAAUAAAAAACAUGUGUGACUUGUAACUGUAAUAAAGAUAAUAGCUUUAGCUUGUGCAAUAAUUCAAUAAGUUAUAGUCCAAUGUUUAAGUUUUACUGUAUCAUUGUGUGUACACGAGUUGAUUGUAUACCGUAAUUAACCUGUUAUACACAUUAUAUAAUCUCCUAGUCCAAACUUUUAUUACCAUGAUUAUUUAACAUGUAACUGGCCUGUUCUAUCAUGUAAUAUGACAGUGUCAUAUAUAUUGUAAGACACACAUUACAUGAAAUAGCAAAUUAUUGUGACGUCAUAAAUAAAUAUGAAGCUAUCUACAGUGCAAUUAAUUUUAGUGUAAUACCAGUGUACCAGCUGUCUAGAGUUGUAAUUUUCCUGACUUGUCAGCAAAUUUAGUUUUAAGAUUUCUGAUUAUUUCCUCAGGAAUAUUGGCUUUGUGAGAACAAGAAUUUUGUAUGCAUUCCAUUGUGAUAUGGUAUUUAUCUAACUGGUUACACUACAGGAGGGCUUAAUAUAACACACCAUAUUUUAACUGGUUAAAGGAGGGCUUGUUAUAACACACCAUAUUUUAACUGGUUAAAGGAGGGCUUGUUAUAACAUACCGUAUUUUAACUGGUUAAAGGAGGGCUCGUUAUAACAUACCAUAUUUUAACUGGUUAAAGGAGGGCUUGUUAUAACACACUAUAUUUUAACUAGUUAAAGGAGGGCUUGUUAUAACAUACCGUAUUUUAACUGGUUAAAGGAGGGCUUGUUAUAACACACCAUAUUUUAACUAGUUAAAGGAGGGCUCGUUAUAACAUACCCUAUUUUAACUAGUUAAAGGAGGGCUCGUUAUAACAUACCAUAUUUUAACUGGUUAAAGGAGGGCUUAAUAUAACACCGUAUUUUAACUGGUUAAAGGAGGGCUUGUUAUAACAUACCAUAUUUUAACUGGUUAAAGGAGGGCUCGUUAUAACAUACCGUAUUUUAACUAGUUAAAGGAGGGCUCGUUAUAACAUACCAUAUUUUAACUAGUUAAAGGAGGGCUCGUUAUAACAUACCAUAUUUUAACUGGUUAAAGGAGGGCUUGUUAUAACACACCAUAUUUUAACUAGUUAAAGGAGGGCUCGUUAUAACAUACCGUAUUUUAACUAGUUAAAGGAGGGCUCGUUAUAACAUACCAUAUUUUAACUAGUUAAAGGAGGGCUCGUUAUAACAUACCAUAUUUUAACUAGUUAAAGGAGGGCUUGUUAUAACACACCAUAUUUUAACUAGUUAAAGGAGGGCUCGUUAUAACAUACCGUAUUUUAACUGGUUAAAGGAGGGCUUAAUAUAACAUACCGUAUUUUUACUAGUUAAAGGAGGGCUCGUUAUAACAUACCAUAUUUUUACUAGUUAAAGGAGGGCUUGUUAUAACACACCAUAUUUUAACUAGUUAAAGGAGGGCUCGUUAUAACAUACCAUAUUUUAACUAGUUAAAGGAGGGCUCGUUAUAACAUACCAUAUUUUAACUAGUUAAAGGAGGGCUCGUUAUAACAUACCAUAUUUUAACUAGUUAAAGGAGGGCUUGUUAUAACACACCAUAUUUUAACUAGUUAAAGGAGGGCUCGUUAUAACAUACCGUAUUUUAACUGGUUAAAGGAGGGCUUAAUAUAACAUACCGUAUUUUAACUGGUUAAAGGAGGGCUUGUUAUAACACACCAUAUUUUAACUGGUUAAAGGAGGGCUCGUUAUAACAUACCAUAUUUUAACUAGUUAAAGGAGGGCUCGUUAUAACAUACCAUAUUUUAACUGGUUAAAGGAGGGCUUAAUAUAACGCCGUAUUUUAACUGGUUAAAGGAGGGCUUGUUAUAACAUACCAUAUUUUAACUGGUUAAAGGAGGGCUCGUUAUAACAUACCGUAUUUUAACUGGUUAAAGGAGGGCUCGUUAUAACAUACCAUAUUUAACUGGUUAAAGGAGGGCUCGUUAUAACAUACCAUAUUUAACUGGUAAAAGGAGGGCUCUUUAUAACAUACCAUAUUUUAACUGGUUAAAGGAGGGCUCGUUAUAACAUACCAUAUUUUUACUAGUUAAAGGAGGGCUCGUUAUAACAUACCAUAUUUUAACUGGUUGAAGGAGGGCUUAAUAUAACACCGUAUUUUAACUGGUUAAAGGAGGGCUUGUUAUAACAUACCAUAUUUUAACUGGUUAAAGGAGGGCUCGUUAUAACAUACCGUAUUUUAACUGGUUAAAGGAGGACUCGUUAUAACAUACCAUAUUUAACUGGUUAAAGGAGGGCUCGUUAUAACAUACCAUAUUUAACUGGUAAAAGGAGGGCUCGUUAUAACAUACCAUAUUUUAACUGGUUAAAUGAGGAUUUGUUAUAACAUACCAUAUUUUAACUGGUUAAAGGAGGGCUCGUUAUAACAUACCGUAUUUUAACUGGUUAAAAGAGGGCUCGUUAUAAAAUACCAUAUUUAACUGGUUAAAGGAGGGCUCGUUAUAACAUACCAUAUUUUAACUGGUUAAAGGAGGGCUCUUUAUAACAUACCGUAUUUUAACUGGUUAAAGGAGGGCUCGUUAUAACAUACCAUAUUUUAUUUAACUUGUUAUAUAAAUUUCAUGUUACAUUGUUGAUGCCUUACUUAAAUAAGAUCCUUCAGAGUAUUUGAAGAUUCUGCAAUUCUGAUUUACAAAUCUUUAUGCACAAAGGGUGCUCAUUAGACAUUAUAAAGUAUGGGAUGCUAAUUGGACCUUUUGUAUCAAAUGAUAAAACAUAUUGUGUAGGGAUAUAUAUACAUAUAUAUAUGUACACUGUAUAUAGAACUUGUUGUCACUUAUCAUGCACUACCAAAAUUUAUUUUGUCAGAUAAUUAUUUUACAAUCUUUGUGCAUAGAAAAAUGCAUGACUAUUUAGUUUUGUCAUAACAUGAUACAUUUACAGUCUGUUUUUUAGAGUACACGUUCAAUAAAAGAAGACGUAUAGUAGUAUUGGUA